AAAUCUGCGCUGUUUUUAUCUUCUAGUCAUAUUAAUUAUUUGUGACAGAAUAUACCAGUUUAGUGCUUUACUCAUCCCUACUACCCUGCAGUUCACACGUCCUGUAGAGAAUUUUUCAGAAACCUUGCUAGUUAAUUGCAUUCAAAAGAAUUAGAUGGAUAACAAGAUCAAGCACCGAUAUAUUAGUGACAAUUACAAAUAUCUAAUAGCUUUCUUGUGGUACUUUAAUCGUCUCUUCUGCUCCGCUACUGAUACCAUGAAAUAUGGUGAUUGGAUUAGAGAUGGUGAUAAUAGCAGAGAGCCUAAUACUCUUGUUUCAACCAAAGAAAUGUUUGAGUUUGGAUUCUUCACACCUGAGGGAAGUCCUGGUGGGAAACGAUAUGCUGGAAUAUGGUACUGCAAGGUGAGUCCAAGGAAGGUUGUAUGGGUUGCCAACCGAGAUAAUCCACUAGUCACUUCUAAAUCCAGGGGAAGAGUUUUUGGUAUAAGAAAAGAUGGUAACCUUCAAGUGUUUGAUGACGUAGUUGGUAACGGAACAUCUUUUUGGUCAUCGAAUCUCAAAAGCUCUUCAUCAUCUCCUAACCGGACAGUAACACUUUUGGAUACUGGAAAUCUGGUGUUAACAGAGUAUGAUGGUACGUGGUUGUGGGAGAGCUUUAAAGAACCAACUGAUACAUUUCUACCGGGCAUGAAGAUGGAUGAGAACUUAACAUUGAUUCCAUGGAAAGACCAAUAUGAUCCCUACAGUGGUGACUUCAGGUUUAAAUUUGAUGAAGGAAACAAACAGUUUGUGAUCCUUAACAAAACGAUUGCUUACUGGAAAAGUGGAGAGCCUGGUAAGUUCUUAAGCUCAAAUAAGAUGCCGGAUGUGAUAACCGACUUUUUAUUAGAUAGCAGCAAGCUGGAGCCAAGCUAUAAAAAUUAUUCUACUAAAUACAAAGUAUUACCGACAGUGUCAACUUAUUCUUACAAAAUGUUAGUUAUCAAGUCUAACGGAAAAGUUGAGUAUGGGAGUUGGGAUGAUAAACUUUGGAUGGCGGGAUGGUCUGAACCAAGUGAUAGGUGUAGUGAGUUUAAUGUUUGUGGCGAUUUUGGGAUCUGUAGCAGUGAUGAGAAGAAGUUUCCGUGCAGAUGCUUGCCCGGAUUAAAGCCAAGCCUGGUGGACAAGUGGGAAUCUAGAGAUUACUCAGAUGGCUGCACCAGAGGAACACAACUCUGCAGCGGUGAAAAGGACACAUUCAGGAGGUUGAAGAUGGUGAAAGUGGGGAAUCCAGACUCAACAACGAGGUUACCAGUUAACAACGAGACUGAAUGCAUGAAGGAGUGCCAGGACAGAUGCAAGUGCCAGGCUUAUUCCUUUCAGGCCGCUUCUGAUAAAAACAAUGGGACUAGGGGAGAGUAUACUCCUCCAACUUCCUGGUGCUGGACAUGGUUCGAAAGUCUAAACGACCUUCAAGAGGAAAAUAAUACCAAUGAUGGUGGUCACAACUUCUAUGUUCGGGUUGCCUUGUCCGAUUUAAACGGUAAUACUUCUAUAGCAUCCAUUGAAAAGCCAUCAAGGAGAAGAAUAUCGUCAACUCUGAUUGUCUUGCUCACGGUUAUAAGCAUUAUUGGUCUUUUAUGCAUAUGCGUUGUUAUUUCGUUUGUCAUAUGGAGAAGAAAGAAGGCCAAGAGACUAGAUAACAGAAGAUCAUCGGAUCGAAGAAACAGAGCACUCCACAUGUUAGACACUGAGAGAUGUUAG